GUGUAUAACUAUUUUGGCACCGACUGUCACGCGAAGAUGUUACCUCUAUUUUUAAUAUUAUUUUUGUCGAGUCUGUUACUUAUCAUAUACUAUGUUUCGAAAAGACAGUUUGGGUACUGGGAGAGAAAAAAUGUACCGUAUAUGAAACCGGCGCCUGUGCUCGGCAAUUAUUCUGGAUACAUACUCCUAAAGGAGUAUAUUGGACAUUCCGUCGACAAGAUUUACAGGAAAUUCCCUAACGCGCCCUACGUCGGAGCGUUUUAUGGCACCGAACCCACUCUGAUCGUCAGAGACCCGGAACUCAUCAAGAUUGUGAUGACAAAAGAUUUCUACUACUUCAGCAGCAGAGAGAUCGCGAAGUACUGCCACAAAGAAGUCAUUACGCAAAAUCUUUUCUUCACGUUUGGGGACAGAUGGAAGGUCAUGCGUCAGAACCUAACACCGUUGUUUUCGUCGGGAAAAAUGAAGAACAUGUUCCAUUUGAUCGAGAAAUGCAGCAGAGUUUUUGAAAAAGUUCUUGAUAAUGAAACCGCGAUGAGCAACGUCUUAGAAUCAAGGUCCUUGCUGAUCAGAUUCACGAUGGACUGCAUAGGAUCGUGUGCUUUUGGUGUUGACACUAAUACCCUGGUCAACGCUGAAGGAAACCCGUUCACUACCAUGGGAAAUGAAAUAUUUGCAAGCACAACGUCAAGGGGUAUUAAAAAUAUUACCAGAGCAGUAUGGCCAUUCGUAUUUUACGGAUUGGGCUUCAAAUCCUUCCCGCCAACCAUCGAGCAAUUUUUUUCUAAACUGUUAACUGGUGUAUUCGAAGCACGCGGAUACAAACCAUCACAAAGGAAUGACUUCAUCGACCUGAUAUUGAAUUUGAAAAAAAAUAAUUUCAUAGAGGGUGAUGCAAUAACCAAUUUGAAAACUGGUAACGCCGAUAAAGUACAAUUGGAAGUUAACAAUGAUCUGCUAGUGGCUCAAUGUAUAGUGUUCUUCGCAGCUGGUUUUGAGACGUCGGCCACCACUUCGUGCCUUACUUUGUACGAGCUGGCCAAAUGUCCUGAAGCCCAGAAACGAGUUCAUGAAGAAGUUGACUCAUACAUUAAGAGGCACGGGAACAAGCUUGAUUACAGCUGCGUCAGUGAACUACCCUAUUUGCUAGCCUGUAUUGACGAGACACUGCGUUUGUACCCAGUUAUUGGGGUCCUUACGAGAGAGGUAGUCGAAGAUUACACUUUCCCGACAGACCUUACUGUAGAGAAAGGUAUGAGGGUCCAUGUCCCUGUAUUUUCUCUGCAUCGAGACCCUGAAUACUUCCCCGACCCUGAAGAGUACCGUCCUGAACGAUUUUAUGGGGAAGCGAAACAUAAUGUGAAGCCGUAUACUUAUAUGCCUUUUGGUGAUGGACCCAGAACUUGUAUUGGGAUGAGAUUUGCAAAGAUGCAGAUGUUGGCAGGACUCAUAACGUUACUCAAGAAGUUUUCAGUGGAUUUAGCUGAUGACAUGCCCAGCGCAGUGGGCUUUGAGCCUAAAGCCAUCGUCACUCAGCCUAUGGGUGGAAUAUACUUGAAAUUCAAUAAGAGAGAGGGUUGGGAACAGCGUAUGUUGGUCUAAACUCCCCUUUUUAUAACAAAAAUAUUAUGUUUAUGAUAUUUUUAUUUUCUUUACCAAUGAAGUUAAAAAUCAUUUAAAAAAUCCCUGUUUAUUUCUAUCUGAAAAGGCGCAGGCAAAAUUAUUUGAAUGUAUCUACUUUGUCAAAUAUAGUUAUGCGUCCUUCAAUGUUCGGCUAAAAUAAAAUAGCUUCGGCAUUGUUUAUGAUGACCUGAAUAAAAAUUCUCGUCAUGUUGUGGUAAAACAUGAAAUUAAUAUCUUGUUAUGACAGCGUAAAUUUAAUGUGAUCAACUAUACAAAAUGGCUAUAUGCCUAAUUAAAAUGUUUAUUGGUUUGGCAUUUUGUAUUCUCAAGCAUUAUGUUUUUUAAGGUUUAAUUUUGUUUGUAAGUAAUUGAAAGCUUUAUUUAUUGAUAAGUAAUUAAAGGAAUUUGUAGAGCGUAAUUUAUGAUUGCUGUUAUUAAAAGUACCUUAUUAUCAAAAAAAUAUACUUUAUUUUUGUGGA